CGGGGUCCCUGCGGGAAGGACUGCCGGUGGCGGCGCCCGGGCUCACACGCCCCCUCCCUAGACAGAGCGAAUGUGGUCCGAGCUCCGAGACAGAGAACCGGGUGCUGGCGUGGUGGCGCUGUGGACAGCUGGAGGCCGGCGGAGGACGCACGCCGCGGGGCACGCACCGGCUGGCUGUCCCGCAGAACCGCCCCAAGGAGUCAGAAUUCGCUCGACCCUGGGUCCACUAGGAACUGAAGUGGGGUGGGGGAGCGAUUGGAUAGAAGGCCAAUGGACAGACAGAUCGGCGAUUUUCUGGAGUGAGCUCUCUACCGGCAGAGCUGGGGGCCGGGAUUCCCCUAGUCGUGCUCACUGCCCCUCCCCCGCACACUUUGGGGGAAGUUUCCAGGCGUAGCCUAGGGCAGGUCACCCAGCAUUAGUAGGAAUCUGCUCCCCACGAAGUGAAACUAUUCUGAAGGCAUGCCAGUCUACCUGUCAACGAGAAACCAUAAUGUCUUCUAACCAACGGUGUGACUCUUCGCUCUCCACCGAUGCCACUCCAGCUUUCUUUGGUGCCAUGGGGAAAACCUGAAGCAUGAGCAGAAUCGCCCCCAAACCUGUGGUCCCUUCACCAUUGCAUGGCUGCUGCAGAACAGAGUCCUGGGAUUCGCUCUUUUGUGUUGCUCUUUGCAUCUGAACCAAAGAAUGUGCGUCAUUCUCUAGCGCAUUGGUGUCUGCUCUCUUCCUCACUCGUUUCUGUUGCUUGUGCCUUCCCACCGUCUUCUGUCCUCACGGGAUACCCUUAAAGUUUCUCAGCGGACUCCUCAAGGGCUGGCCUAUGGCUCUCUAAACUCUCUGUCCAAGGACUCUACCAUGAGGCACUGUCUGAAUUGCUGCAUACAGCUGUUCCCCGAAGACGCACACAAACAGCAGGCUGCCUGCCAAGGAGGCCCCCAUCCCAGUCAUCAGGCGUGCCCCAGUUGCAAAGGAGAAAACAAGAUUCUGUUCCGGGUGGACAGUAAGCAGAUGAACUUGCUUGCCGUUCUCGAAGUGAGGACUGAGGGCCACGAACACUGGGGCGGGUUUUUGCGCUUCAGGAAAGGGAAGCGAUGUAGCCUGGUCUUUGGAUUGAUAAUAAUGACCUUGGUGAUGGCUUCUUACAUCCUUUCCGGGGCUCAUCAGGAACUUCUAAUUUCAUCCCCUUUCCAUUAUGGGGGCUUUCCCAGCAACCCCAGCGUGAUGGACAGUGAGAGCCCUAGUGAUGUGAAAGAGCAUCACUACCAGCCUUCGGUAAAUAACAUCUCCUAUGUGAAGGAUUAUCCGAACAUUAAACUGAUUAUUGACAGCAUCGCUGCCAGGAUUGAGUUCACAACCAGGCAGCUCCCGGACUUACAAGAUCUCAAGAGACAAGAGUUGCACAUGUUUUCUGUGAUCCCCAAUAAAUUCCUUCCGACUAGCAAGAGCCCUUGUUGGUAUGAGGAAUUCUCUGGCAGGAACACCACUGACCCCUACCUGACCAAUUCCUACGUGCUCUACUCCAAGCGCUUCCGCUCUACCUUUGACACUCUGCGAAAGGCUUUCUGGGGCCACCUGUCCCAUGUGCGUGGCAAGCACUUCCGCCUGCGCUGCCUGCCACACUUCUACAUCAUUGGGCAGCCCAAGUGCGGCACCACGGACCUCUAUGACCGCCUUCGGCUGCAUCCAGAAGUGAAAUUCUCAGCCAUCAAGGAGCCCCACUGGUGGACCCGGAAGCGCUUUGGAAUUGUCCGCCUGAGGGACGGGCUACGAGACCGCUACCCUGUGGAAGAUUACCUGGACCUCUUUGACUUGGCUGCACACCAGAUCCAUCAAGGACUGCAGGCUGCCUCUGCAGAGCAGACGAGCAAGAUGAAUAGGAUCAUUAUCGGAGAGGCCAGCGCCUCUACAAUGUGGGAUAACAAUGCCUGGACCUUCUUCUAUGACAACAGCACAGACGGAGAGCCACCGUUCCUGACCCAAGACUUCAUCCAUGCCUUUCAGCCUGAAGCCAAGCUCCUUGUCAUGCUCAGGGAUCCCGUGGAGAGGUUGUACUCAGACUAUCUCUACUUUGCAAGUUCAAAUAAAUCCGCCGAUGACUUCCACGAGAAGGUGACGGAGGCUCUGCAGCUGUUUGAAAAUUGCAUGCUGGAUUAUUCAUUGCGCGCCUGCGUCUACAACAACACCCUGAACAAUGCCAUGCCCGUGAGGCUCCAGGUCGGUCUGUAUGCUGUGUACCUUCUGGACUGGCUCACCGUCUUCAGUAAGGAGCAGUUCCUCAUUCUACGUCUGGAAGACCACGCAUCCAAUGUCAAGUACACCAUGCACAAGGUCUUCCAGUUUCUAAACCUGGGGCCUCUAAGUGAGAAGCAAGAAGCUUUGAUGACCAAGAGCCCCGCGUCCAACACACGGCGUCCCGAGGAUCGUAGUCUGGGACCCAUGUGGCCGAUCACCCAGAAGAUCCUGCGGGACUUCUACGGGCCUUUCAACACAAGGCUGGCACAGGUCCUGGAUGAUGAAGCGUUUGCCUGGAAGACACCGUGAGAGCUGAGUCCCUUCUGCAGAAGCUGGGCCCACUGACUCUGUCAUUGCCGUGACUUUAAAAGUCUCCAGGUGGAGAACUGUCGCCCACAGUGUGGAGAAAACCACCGGAGCCCCACCCAAUCUUCUCCUCCCAAGGCGCCUGUUGUAGGAACUACUUUGAAAAUCCUCUUGCCAUGUUGAGCAGCUCUGCUCCUGAUCACUAGGCUCCUCCUCCUGAAGCCUUGGAAGAUACACUGGGGGUAGCGUCUGUCUGUUCCCAGAGUGCCUUGGAUCUCAGGAGGGCAAUGGAUCUCUGGCACCCAGUGGGUAGGAAGAGGAGGCUAUGGGAGGCCACAGACCAGCCCUGCCCUUCUUCCUCCAAGAGAGUUUGUCUGGAUGUAGAGUUGGACAGCUCUGGGAUCCGAUUAAAGCCACGGCUCUGGGGCUGUUCUUCACGUGUUAUGUCCUAGCAGGCCUUGCUUAAAUCGAUAACCCCUUGUGGGCAGAGAACAGAGCUGCUCAGAGAAUGGAGACUCUUUCAUUUCUGUUUGUAUUCCCAAGUGGCAUCAGAAAUAAGCCUUGCUCCCUUUGCUGUGCUGAGAAGAAACCCAGAAGUCAGCUUUUGGCAGCAGGCUCAUCUCGCUGACCUGUUCUGCCUGUAGACUUUGUUUAUGCCCAACAUAGAGAAGGAGCAUCUUUAAACAAACUGCUUCUUCCACUUGACUGGCCCCGCCCGCCUUGCUUUUCUUCUCCUUUGGAUGUUUUCCUCCAGUUUAUAUUUGGAAAGGGAAGUUCUGCUGUUAAUGUCAGAAUAGAACAACCUCAAGGCAUUGAACAGUUGGUGCAAAAGGAAGUAAAGCCCUCCCCAUUUGCAGAGGGUCACUGGAGAGCAUGAGGAAGCUUCCGGCUUUGGUUCUGGCUGGUUACAGGCUCCAGUCCAUCUUCCUGUUGGGGGAAUCUUCUAUCUCCAUUCUCUGUCAUGUACAGCCAAUGUUCUGUAACUCACUUAGGGUGAGUCUCGAGACACCCAUGUCCUCAGAAACACAUCUCACAAACUAAGCUCGGGCCACGUGGGGUGUGACUAGGAGAUAGCUUUGCUGUUUGUGGACCUUUCCAGGCCUGUUAGCGGCUUGGUAGACUCUGAAAGUCUUGUCAUGUUUUCAAGACCCCAGGGAAUAAGAGAGAGAACAGCGUGAGCCCAUUUGGCACACAGGACGAGGUGGGAAUGUCACAAAGCUCUUCACUGGAGUAUUGCCAAGGGAUGCUGCCCAUAAGGCUGUGUUCUCAGGUCAGGAUCCUGUCCACCAGCGUCAGAAAGCGUACACAUUACAUGCCCGACUGUCACUUGGGCUUUGGCAGCAGGAGGAUGUGCAGUUGCUCGGCUGUGAGAGUCCUUCUGCGGUCCACCCUCGUUGGAGAUGGGACUCUCGGCCCCUUGGAAGGCUCAGGGAGAGCCCUGGGCAUCAGCAUGGACCGCGCCAAUUCUGCUACUGAAGGGGCCGUGUGUCUUGAGGCCUGUGUUCCAGGACAAUUCCCCCUUCUCUCACAGUGGCCACUUGGCUCAGUAGUCAGGGGGAAAGUCUGGCCUGAGUACAAGGAUGCUUUGGAAAAAAA